AUGUCGACCAAGUUGGAUGCUCCGCAGCAGUUCAAGCAGCCUUCUCGCAAAGGCAAGAAGGCCUGGCGUAAGAAUGUCGAUGUUACAGAGGUCCAGGAGGGACUGCGCCAGUUGAAAGAUGAAGAAAUCAAAGGUGGCCUUGUGUCUGAGAAACCCUCCGAUGAACUGUUCACUAUCGAUACCACUGGCACUGAGCAUGUACGAAAUGCCAUCGCAAAAAAGCACAAGCCCCUCAAGGCCGACGAGAUCAUCGCUCAGCGUUCUGCUAUUCCAGCAAUCGACUCCCGCAAGCGCGUCAACUCCAAUGUGACCGACGGUGUCAUUGAGCCAAAGACCAAGAAGCACCGCAAGGACUGGGUGACCAAGAAGGAUAUGCUACGCCUGAAGCAGUCGGCGAGGGAUGCGGAUUUCACCAAGAAGGGCAACAACCAACUUUACGACCCCUGGGCGGAGGAUGCCGAUGCCGAUGACUCCGUCGCUGUCGAAGACCCCCAGUUUAACUUCCUGCCCAAGCCUAAGGCCAAGGUCGCCCCGGAGACCUUGAAGCACGCCCCCAUUUCGCUUGCAGCCAACGGAAAGGUCAUCCCCGCAGUGCGCAUGCCCCAUGCAGGAACCAGCUACAACCCCGUUUUUGAGCAGUGGGACCAGCUACUUGAGGAGCAUGGAAAGGAGGCAGUCGAGGCGGAGAAGCUGCGUCUCGAGGAGGAGCGGAAGGAGCAGGAAAAGCAGCGUUUAAUCGAAGAAGCCCAGGGCGACGAUGGCGAGGUCAAGUCUGACGAUGAGAGCGCAUGGGAAGGCUUCGAGAGUGAAUAUGAGAAGCCCGAGUGGCUGAACAAGAAGCGUCCCGAGAGAAAGUCUAAGACCCAGCGGAACAAGGCCACACGACGAAAGGAAGCCGAGAGGCUAGCGAAGUGGGAGGCUCAGAAGACCAAGAAAGAUGCCCAGCUCGCCCGUGUGGAGGAGCUCACAGAACUCGCCAAGCAACGAGAACUCCAUGGUGCGGAUGAUUCGGAUGCCGACGAUGGGGAGGAGGGUGAUGAGACCAAGUUGCGCCGAAAGCCCUUUGGUGGCAAGAAUGCUCCUCCUGAGAAGCGCUUGGAACUAGUCCUCCCCGAUGAACUCCAGGACUCUCUCCGUCUGCUUAAGCCUGAGGGUAACCUUCUGGACGACCGUUUCCGUACGUUGAUUGUGCAAGGCAAGCUUGAGUCUCGCAAGCCUGUGACGCAAGCUCGCAAGGCGAAGAGAAAGGUUACGGAGAAGUGGAUGGCCAAGGAUUUCAAGGUCCCUGGUGUCGAGUACUAG